UGCGUCCCCCGCAGUGUUUUAUGUUCGUCAUCGCGUUCCCCUCUCAGGAACCGAAUUCAUCAACUGAACUGAGAUGUCUAUUUAGUUUAAGAAUAGAAAUGCCCUUACAGAGCUUCGCGUCUCCUCUGUAUCCCAUCACUCCAUAAGUAAAUAGAACUACUAGUCCCAGAGUGCUGUGCGCAGAAUCAGGCAGCAGACCCCGGUAAGGUCUGUGGUGGGAGAGCGGGGAAGGGAGCCACCAUGGCCCGGCAGGUGCAGCCGGUGCCCAGCUCGCAAAAGGCGCUAUUGUUGGAAAUGAAGGGGCUGCAGGAGGAGCCAGUGGAAGGUUUCCGGGUCACACUGGUGGAUGAGGGGGAUUUGUACAACUGGGAGGUAGCGAUCUUCGGGCCCCCCAACACUUUUUAUGAAGGCGGCUACUUUAAGGCUCGCCUGAAAUUCCCUAUUGAUUAUCCAUAUUCUCCACCUGCUUUUCGGUUCCUGACAAAAAUGUGGCAUCCUAACAUCUAUGAGAAUGGAGAAGUGUGUAUUUCUAUCCUGCAUCCACCAGUCGAUGACCCACAGAGUGGAGAACUACCUUCUGAAAGAUGGAACCCAACGCAGAACGUGCGCAGAACAAUCCUACUUAGUGUCAUAUCUCUGCUGAAUGAACCAAACACCUUCUCACCAGCUAAUGUGGAUGCAUCAGUUAUGUACCGAAAAUGGAAGGAUAGCAAGGGACGAGACCGGGAGUACACAGACAUUAUCAGGAAGCAGGUUCAUGCGACCAAGGCAGAUGCUGAGCGAGAUGGAGUGAAAGUCCCCACCACACUGGCUGAGUACUGUGUGAAGACCAAGGUCCCAGCUCCAGAUGAGGGAUCAGACCUGUUUUAUGAUGAUUAUUAUGAUGAUGAUGAUGAGAUGGAUGAAGAAGAGGAAGACGAAGACUGCUUCCAUGACCAGGAUGACUCUGGAAAUGAGGAAUCCUGACAUUCUUCCCUCCCCCCCACACCUCCAUCAUUUACCAAUAAAGCAAACACCGCUUAUAUUUGACUUUUAUCAUUUCCAUGGGUCCCAUUACAAUGGAUAUGAGCGCAGGGGGGCAAUCAGUGUGUGUGGGGAAAGGGAUGCUGCAGAGAGGGAGGAUCUCUGAGGCUUUGCUAUGUCUUGCGAUGAGGUACCAAGGACUCUCCAUUUAUUGCUGCAGGAAAGUGUGCCUUCCUAUCCUGCAGUUUAACCUGCAGUUUAAGCGUGUGCCACAAGGUGGCAGCAGACCUCUUUUAUUAGUUCUACCACUGGAGUAACUGAUUAUACCCUCAGCACGCUCUCACAGCUGCUAAACUGGGCUGGUGUUGAAAUGAAAAGGUAGAGUUUUGUCAGGGACUAGAUGGGUGGCUUUGUUGAGGGGAUUGUGCUGUUCUGGGUUUGUUGCUUGCACUGACUGUAUUUGCAGAACUGUUUUGUUUUUGGGUUUGGUAUAAGGGCAUAAUAUGUGGUUUUGUUUUAUUUUGAAACUAUUUAAUAAUAAAUACCCUAAAAAGUCAAA